CUCCACCACACCACCGCCACACACACCAUGAGCGCACCCGACGAGCGCAUGCAGCAGCAGCACGCCGACGACGGCGCCGACGACGACGAGCCGCGCCUCACCGCCGACGACAUCGACGAGGUCAUCGACGACACGCGCGGCGACGAGCCCAUGGAGGAGGACGACUCGGGCCCGGACGAUGACGAGGAGGCCGAGGGCGAGGGUGCUGCAGCCCAGCAGCAGCAGCAGCAGCCCGACGGCGAGACGUUCGAGGACACGUCCAUCGCCGCCUUCUACUCGCACCGCAAGUCGCUCUUUGCGCUGGCGCUGCACCCCAACUUCGCCCAGACCGGCCUGGCGCUGUCCGGCGGCGAGGACGACGGCGCGUGGAUCUGGCACACGCACGACGGCGCAGACGUCGCGCGCCUCGACGGCCACACCGACAGCGUCACGGCCGUGGCGUGGAGCGCAGACGGCACGCUUGCCGCCAGCGGCGGCAUGGACGGCCGCGUGCGCGUCUGGGCGCAGCCGCAGCAGGGCGCGGCCUGGGCGCUCGUGCAGAGCCUCGAGGGCCCGGACGAGGUCGUGUGGCUCGCAUGGCACCCAAAAGGCAACGUGCUCGUGGCCGGCGCUUCCGACUCGACCGUCUGGAUGUGGCAAUUACCGUCUGGCAACGUGAUGAACGUCUUCUCGGGCCACACUGCUGCUGUCACCGCUGGCCGGUGGACUCCUGAUGGCAAGAAGCUCGUCACCGUCUCCGAGGACGGCACGCUGAUUGUCUGGGACCCGCGGUCGGGCUCGCCGCUCGGCAAGCUGCAGAACGGCGAUGCGCGCUUCCACUUCGACGCCGGCAUCACUGCGCUCGCCGUGUCGACGGACAGCCGCGUGCUGCUCGUCGGCGGCGCCGAGGGCGAUGUGCGCGUCGUCAACAUCGGCUCGCUCGACGCCGGCGGCGCGCCGGCAGUGGUGGGCGAGCUGCGCGGGCAUGCGUCGGGCGAGAGCAUCGAGGCGGCCGAGUUCGUCGACCUGCUCGGCGCCGGCCCCGCCGCUGCGCCCACGCACGCCAUCACGGCGAGCACGGAGGGCAAGGCGGUCGUGUGGGACCUGGCGUCGGGCAAGAUGCGCUGCGAGAUCAUGCACGACGCCGCCAUCACGACGCUCUCGCUGCACACUGGCUCGCCACUGUUCACCACGGCCUCAGCAGACCACACGGCACGCACGUGGGACGCACGCACUGGCGCCCUGAUCGCCACGCACAAGGGCUUCACCGACGGCAUCCUCGCGCUGGCUGUUGGCCCCGACGACGGCUACACGCAAGGUGCGGAGACGGGCGGCAUCGGCGCGUACCAGACGGCCCAGGCCGGCCAACGGAAAGGCUUCAAGGUCGUGUGUGCCGGCGACGAGGGCGUGGCGCUCGUGUUCCGCGUCUGAGCGCAAUCCCAUAGAGUUCCUGCGCCCCAGUCACACGUGCAGCAUGAG